CCUUUUUGACGUGUGAUUAAGGAGACUGUCCACUUUAAAGGGGUUGGUCUACAAGGUUCGUAGCAUCGCUCUUUUUAUUGUGAUUGGACUGUACUUUGACAGUGCAUCAAGUAUGAGCGUCAUUGGAGGGAGAGGCAGCAUUAAUGAUGAACUCAUCAAUGGAUGUGAUGUGAAGGCAAUGAUCACUGGGAUGCCAGAACGCAAACCUUCCAUCGCCGACUCUGCGUACGGAAGUAGCGAAGAUCUUCUUUCCACAAGUCUCGAUUACCUCGCUUCAGAUUUAUCUGCAGAACCGGAGAACGACGUCAUUGCCUGUCCCGGCUGGAGUUCAUUAGAUGAGGAGGAAGGUUUAUUCGAUUUUGAAGCAGAGGCUGUCCCAACCGAGGAAGACGCCGUUCGACAGAUUCCGCUACUAAAGGACACCAAGGAGUUAAUUGAGUUCUGGAAGUAUCCGUGUGAACACCAUAUCGUCGAGACGCGAGAUGGAUUUAUGCUCGGUUUAUACCGCAUUCCAAAUCCCCAACACGGCCCAACAGCCUUCUCCGCCAUUCCCCCUUACGAACGACCUCCCGUCAUCAUCUGGCACGGCUUGUACAUUCAAAGCGCUGCUUUUGUCUCUUCUCCAGCCGGCCCAACAGGAAAUCUCGCAUUUGUCCUCGCCGACGCUGGCUUUGACGUUUGGCUUGCCAAUAGCCGUGGAACCGUUUCAUCCCGUCGACACAGGCAUUGGCAAAGUCCUGAGGAAGCCAUGUUUCAUUCACAAUAUUGGAAGUACGUUGGGUUAGAUGAAAUGGCAAAAUUUGAUGUGCCUGCUGUAGUGAACUAUGUAUGUGAGACCACCGGGUGGAAUAAAGUGGCAUACUUGGGGUACAGUCAAGGAACUGCCCAGAUGUUCAUGAGCUUGAGUGUUAGCGAGGAGAUGAAUGAGAAAGUGGCCAUUUUUGUGGGGCUGGCUCCAGCAUUGAAGCCGAAACCGAUAUCAAACGAGACGAUCAACGCCCUAACCCGCCGAUUCACGCCAUCUGUCCUAUAUGGUCUCGGUAUCUGGUCUUUCCUCCCACCUGCAGAAUGGCUACGACCUAUGCUCCCCUCUGAUAUGUAUGCUCAAAUCGUGCACAACGCAUUAAUCAUCCUUACUGGGUGGAGCUGCGACAAGUGGAAAAGGAGCUGGUGGCCUGCACUUUAUAUGCAUUUGUUUGGGGGAGGAAGCGUGCGGAAUGUGGUGCACUGGUUUCGAAUCAUAACAGAACAAACCUUCACCCCAUACGAGCACGAAAUUGCCCCACACCAUCUCCGCCUCAUAUCUCCCACACAAGAAGAGCAACAGCGCACAACCACUGCUAUUCAAACCUUCGCGCCAAAACGUACCGGACCGUGCUCUUACCCGACACAUCACAUCAAAACAAGAGUUGACUUAUUUUGUGGAGCUGAAGACACGAUUUCGGAUCCAGACGUCUUCAAAACUGCCCUGCCAAAAGCUUCGAUUAAGAUUAUUGAUAACUACCAGCAUAUGGACUUUCUUUGGGAUCCAGCCGCAAAGGAAGCUGUUUGGAAUGAUGUGAUAUCUGCCAUACGUGAAACGAUGGAUCUUGUGAAUGUAUAAACGAACAAAGGCUGGUGAAUGUAUAAACUGGGUAAUCUAAGGUGAAAGGUGGCUGCUACAAGACAAAAGAAUAUUACUUCUCAUGAUGGAGCUGGUGUGCUUG